CUGGGCACAAAGCCCGCCCCGCGCCGCUCCCCGGGCGCCGUCCCCGCCGCAGAGCUGCCCCGCGCCCGCCGCCGCGCCGCCUCCCGAGUCGGGUCCAGGUCGGCGGGACCGCUCGGGCAGCGCCGCCCUGGCCCCGGCCCCGGCCCGCCCCUCGCCGCGCCCAACCCUGCACCUGCCUCCCAGCGCCGCCCCGCUCCCCUCCCCGCGCGGAGCCGCCGGCGAGUCGGGCCGAGCCGCCUGGGGAGCUGCUGCCGGAGCCGGCGCCCGCCAUGGGCACCGUGCGCGGGGGGAUGCGCUGCAUCAAGAUCCUGCUGUUCAUCUUCAACCUGACCUUCUGGCUCGCAGGACUGGCUGUCAUUGCCUUUGGUCUGUGGCUGCGGUUUGGUGGGGUUAUGGCAGACUUUGCUUCAGACAAAAAGUCUCCAGAGUAUUUCUUCAUGGGACUCUAUGUAUUGGUGGGAGCAGGGGCUCUCAUGACCACAGUUGGAUUUUUUGGGUGCUGUGGAGCAGCGCGGGAGUCUCAGUGCUUACUUGGAGCAUUCUUUGCUUGCUUGUUGGUGAUAUUUGCAGCUGAGGUCACUGCUGGAGUAUUUGCCUUUAUAGGCAAGAAAGUGGCAAUACAGGAAGCACAGAAAAUCUAUGAAGACAUUUAUGAUGACUAUAUGAAAAACCCGGGGGGGAAGGUCAACAGGACUAUCUAUCACUACCACUUGGCUCUCCAAUGCUGUGGUAAAGAUAAUAUGGAACAACAAAUGGGAUUACCCUGUCCAGAGAAUAUCCAGAUGCCAAAGAACUGCCUGGUUGAAAUCCAGAACGUAAUUGAUGCUAAUCUGCAUUUAGUUGGAAUUGUUGGAAUUGCAAUUGCUGGCAUCACAGACUGGACCCUUCAUGCAAAUGCAGAAAGCUCUGGGGGAGGAAACAUGUCCAAGGACAUCCAGGCUAAAGGAAGAGGGGGAAAGAGGUGGGAAGCUGGCAAGAUAAUGCAGUCAUAUGGGAGCGAUUGCAGUGCAAAGUGUGCUUAAGCUUCCCAAGCUAGCCUGAGACACACGCACACAAUAAAUAAAUCUACGAGUUAAAGGGGCCACUAAAAAUCUUUAUUCAGAAGUCCCUUUAUCCUGCAAGACUCUAUAUGAUAUAUAUGCUGGUGCAGGAGUGGAGCCUAUAUCCAGAAAAGCAGCAGCUUUGUCAGAUACUCUGUAGAAUCUAACUGGCCUGUGGAAGCCAACUGAAGAGUGAAAAUGGUCAGGGAAAGACACACAGCACUUUAAUAUCCUCUGUUUCUGCUUCUGUGACUAUCACAGCUUCCAUGGGGCUCUUACCUCAACCUCUCACCUUUUCUUGCGGGUGUAAGGCAGGAAAGAAAGAUGGGACAUUUUUACAGAGCCAUAAAGUAAAUUUUCUUACUGGCACCUUUAGAUUGCAUGUCAGGUAGAAAAAUUACACUGUGUGCUUGAAAUACCUCAGGGCUUGCGUUUACAUAGUUUGUUUCUAUAUUUUUAUUUUUCUAUUUGUCAUAUUUAUUCAUAAGAGAAUGUUCCUUUCAAAACAACCUAGAAGGGAGAAAGGUUGUCCCUAGAAGGGGAAAAUAAAUUACAUCAAAGGCUCAGAAUCUCUUAAUUUUUGGCUUACUCAAGAUAAUUCACCAUUUCAGAGAACAGCUUUUUGCUAACAAUAUCCACAUAGCAGCUCUGUGUCUCUGAUGAUCACUAGGUUCAGAUUUCUGAUGCAGUUGUUCCAUACAUGAUGGGGAAAAGUUCAGCUAAACUAUGUAUCUAUCUCAUUGAAACGGUCCACGAUGUCUAACAGGACUUGGCAUUUACAAGUCAUGGGGUCUUUACUCCACUGAAACACAAUGGAAAGAAAUGGGAUUUCAGAAAACAUGUGCAUUCGAGUGCACAUGUUUGUGUGGAAUAUACAUCUCUCGUUAUAUUUAUCUCUCAUUUCCCAAAGAAACUCAAACUCCCAUCACUUUUCUGUUACUCAGGAUUGGGAAGAGUGUUGCUGUUCCAUGUAACUGAUUUAACUGACACAUCUUGCUGUCUUUUGUUCAACCACAACCUGUGACACUGAGACAACUGUGCACUAAAUGCUGGGUAUGCAGCAGGCACUGCCGACUGAGCAGUUUCCAGGCCUAGCUUCAGGUACCCAGCUGACAGGGAGACAUUAUAUCCUACACCAAAGAAGAGUUAGGCUUGUAUCACUCUGUUCACAGCUGAUUAGCUAUGGAUGCCAUGUAAAAGUAGGAACUGGGACCUUAUUCUGCAAGCAUCAGACCAGGAAAUAAGGCCCCAAUCUGCUGUCUGCUCCCAAGGAAGGCUCAACUGGGAGAAUGACACUAGCAGCAGAUCCACAAGGGUCUCAAGCUGAAACUAAGAAAGUAAGUUUCUCACAGCAGACAACUGACAUAGCCAAAGCAAUUUCCUGGAUCCCAGAUAUACUUGAGACUGUCCCUACAACUGGUUCUGCUCUAAAUAGAUAAUGGGAUAGUAUAUGACCGGGGUGUUUUCUCCCAAGGUAAUACUGACAGCAAGAAGAAACCUGUGUAUAGUGUCAUUUUUGCCAUUCAGAGCAAGACAGCUUUCCAGGAAAACCAGUAAAAAUAGCACAGUAGGGAAGCCAGUAGUUCAGGUUCCAAGACUAUUGCCCUAGAGGGAUAGAGAUUUAUUGCUAAUAAAGCUACUUCCUUCUGUUACACUCCCCCUCGUAAUGACAGUAUUUUAUUUAUUUUAAACACAUCUUCAUACAAUUGGUUUUAAUUCCUCAAAUCUGUAGCACCGGAAUGUAAUGAUAGAACCAGAGUUUACGUCUUUGUUUGUUUACUGUUUCCUGAAUAAGUUGGAAGAUGCCCAUUCCUGCUUUUGAGAUGCACUGAAUAAAAAGGCAGCUUGCAGAAACUUCUGUUGCUUCCCCAGCUCCCCACUCCCCCAGACGUAGAAAAACAUCUAAGUGCCUUAUGAAAACAGGGAAGAAUGGCACAAAGAAACCUUCCAUAAAUUCAGACUUGAACAACCUAACUUUCUGCUGAAGUGUUUUGGAUUUGUGUUUGUUUUUUUUUUUCUUCUUCUGAACAGUGCAUAUUUUUUUUCUGAGCAUAAUUACUGCUUAUACUCUACAGUUUACUGCUGUUUAGGUUUACGGGAUACUUGCACUGCAUAUCAGGAACAGAAUAAUACCUAAGUUAUUGGUAUAAUUUAAGCUGGAAAUCAAUGUUAUGCAUCUACUAGUGCCUUUAACAGAAUCCAGAGAUACAGCCUCUUUUGUUGUUUCCUGCUUUUGUCUGCUGUUGUGAGGUGCAUAAUAUAUUUGCAGUUUUCUCUGCAUCUUAGUGACUGAAAGUCUUUUUUAACUCAUUAAGGGACAGAAAAUACACCUGUUCUUUCCCUGUCGAAGCUGUAAGAAUUCUUUCCUGUUGCUUUUAGAUCAUAGCUAGUUAACAACUCCAGUUUUCAUUUACUAGAUUGAGCGGCCCUUUUUAAAUGCUUAGAUGUCACAGGCGGGGUUAUGGCUAUCCAAACUAGAUAUAUAGUGCCCACAGUUUAUUGUGCUGCUGCUCUGUUGUUUCAGCUCUUGAAAGCACAAAAUCUUUGAUCUUUGCCGGCAGUACAAAAUCAUUUCCAAGCAGCUACACCAUAUGUCUUCAAUAAGAAAGCUUUUCAAAGGUAACUAAAUCCAAACCAGUAUCUAAACUUCCUCAAAUACAGUUCAUGCUCCAAAGUUGCAUGCCAGGAGUUAAUUAACAAACUCCGAUGCUUGUGUGCACCAGAUACAUAGUAACUGCCGUAUAAGUCAGCAGAAGUACCCAUUUAGUCCUGUCCCUUGUACCUGUUUCAGAGGAAAGUGACAAAAGAUCAAAUCCCUCCAGGUGAUAAUUCUGAAAGCACAUCACACACGUGUUCUUAUUCUCCUGUCAAACAGUUUGUUCUAAAGCAUGAAAGAUGUAAAUUGUUGAUGCCUUUAUUAUAUCUCUAAACAUCAUUAUUCACAUUUCCCUUGUCUAAUUUUUCUAAGUAACUGACUUCAGUGGGAGCUUCAUUUGUUACAGGAAAACCUCAGCCAGUUUUGAUCUCUCGCAGAGAUUGCACAGGAGCUGAUGAAGCACAGCCCUGUAAUAUCCCUACAAUGAAGAUUUGUAUUUCACUUUUCUUCAUACUGAAAGUGAUAUUUUUUUAGCAAAAUAUAUUUCAUAUGUAUUGAAAAAGAAAUUGAGUUAUCUUAAGCCUUCAGAUGCUAUAUUUUACAGCCUUUGGAGGCUACUGAUGAACAGCAUCAGCAUUUCUGUUCAUAGAAAAUGUACAUAAAUAAAGCUUUUCAAUCUUACUUCUUCCUCUCUAUUGGUGCUCCAGCCACUAGGUUCUCCAAAAUACAAACCACUUCCAAUACAAUGUAUUUGCUUCUAUAGCACAAAUUCUGAUUUUGGACAGAACUGGCGUGUCGGUUUAUGCUGCAGAGUCUGUAGCAGAAUUACCUCUAUGGCAGCUGUCUUUGAGAGAAAAAAACCACCGUACUUUGUUGCUGAAAUCAGCUUUCACUUCCCUUUAGUCUAAUGUGUUCUGAAGUGGCGUUUUAUCACCUUUUCUGUCUUGAAUUUGAAAAAACUUUCUAAUAAAAAUAACCUGAAAUAAACGA